AUGAUCUGUUGCUACUACUCAACAGGCUGUUUUGAAGCACUUGGGAUUCAAUCAGGCGAGUUUGACGAUGGAGAGAUUGCAGCCUCUAGUAUGCUGAAGAACUUUUCAUCAACUGACGCCUGGUGUCCACCAAAAGUCGAUGAAAAUCAAUAUCUGCAGGUGGAUUUGUCAAGAAAAACAGAAAUAACAAAACUUGCCACUCAAGGGGAGAUUGGUAGUAAGGACAGACAUGUGAAGACUUAUGCAUUACUUUAUAGUGAUGAUGGAAAAAAAUGGAAACAGUAUGAGAGUCAUGGAAAGGAGAAGGUGAAGUUAUUGUACAUCUUAAUUUCAUUCAUUUUAUCUCUCAGUUAGUACGUACGCUGUGAUUGCCGGGUCAAUUUAGCGGGCCGUGAUACAUUUCACAGCCUGCUAAAUUUAUAGGUUUGGUUGAAUUAAAAUCUUCUCUCUCUAUUUGAACCCAGAGAUAUAAUAUGUGUCUUAGCAACCUCGUUUUCUCGGUCCUCACUGUAAGUUACGGGACCUCGUUUUUUCCGCCCGGACUAUGUAUGGCCGCGGGAAAACAAAUCGGUCCGAAACUUAUAGUACGGACUUCGAACUUGGUUAUUCAUACAUUUGCUAGCGUUAGACCCCUGCAACUCAAAAAUUACUCCCCUUCAAAGUUCUCUCUUUGAUUUUGUUAUAGAUAUUUAAAGCCAACAACGAUUCCUUCACAGUUCAUCAUAACUUGUUAGACAAACCUCUUGUUACGCGAUACAUUCGUGUCAAUCCAAGGACAUGGGAAAACGCUAUUUGUUUGAGGCUUGAGUUAUAUGGAUGUGAUGGUAAGCUUACUUGA